AACGGUUUCACCAAAAUAUAAAUAAAAUUAAAGUUUUAAAAUGAAUAAAACAGCAUGAAAGAAAUGACAAGAACUAAACCAAAUCUUAUAAUUUAUAUAAUUGCUAUAGAAAAUAUUCAUAUUUCCCCGUUUUAAUUGUAAUUCAAUUGUAAUCACUGAUAACCCGUGACACAUAUGUAACAGGUUCCCAUCUCUAGCUAGACACUCUGUAACCUCAAAAAAAUGAUUUGUUUACUUCUACGGCGGUCCGGAGUUCGUAAUUCCUGCAAAUUAAUUAGUAAACAGAUUGCCAAGCCCGCGCUCAACACACCUGCUAUCAAUGCACACCUGCUGCACACCAGCAUACCGCGGCGGCAUGGCGAGUACGAGUGGCAGGAUCCCAAGUCCCCCGAGGAAAUUGUAAACAUCACCUAUGUGGACAAGGACGGCAAACGCACCAAGGUCCAGGGCAAGGUGGGCGACAAUGUCUUGUAUUUGGCCCAUCGCCACGGUAUCGAGAUGGAGGGCGCCUGCGAGGCCUCCCUGGCCUGCACCACCUGCCAUGUGUAUGUCCAUCAUGACUUCCUGGAAAAGCUGAACGAGGCGGAGGAGAAGGAAGACGAUCUGCUGGACAUGGCACCGUUCCUGCGCGAAAACUCCCGCCUCGGCUGCCAGAUACUGCUCGACAAGAGCAUGGAGGGCAUGGAAUUGGAGCUUCCCAAGGCCACCAGGAACUUUUACGUGGACGGGCACAAGCCCAAGCCGCACUAGCGGAGCUCGCAAGUCAUUAUUGUUACACCUUUUAGUAGUAGUAAAUAUAUACGACUGUUGAAAUACCAA